AUGCUUGCUCCAAAUCCAGGUGACAAAAAUGCACUUUGUGUGGCAUUGUUGAAUGUAGAUCCUUCUUCGCGCCAGCAUGGUACUGCACAUAUCUUCGACCUGUGUGAGGCCCAAUGGGUCUGCACACUCCCAGCGAACCAUGUCACAUCGGCUUGCUGGUCAACACGUGGAAAGCAGCUUGUUCUGGGCUUGCAGUCAGGUGAACUUUUGCAACUGACUCCCGAAGGCGAAGUCAAAGCAACGCUACCUCCUUUGCCUGAGAGCGAAAGGUCUUUGUAUGUGGAAGAUGUUCAGUGGCUCGAAAAUCAUGCCUUUCUUGUGACCUAUAAUACUUGUCCUCCAGCCGCGGAGCACAGCCAGGAACCCGUGCAUGAAUAUGAGGUGUUCAUGAUUCUCCGAGAUCCUAAAGCUAACACAAUGACCUAUUCAGCGUUCCCGUUGGAUGUCGCACCACCUUUUGGCGACACGAGUCGCUGGCCAUGCCGCUAUGCAUGCACAUUACGUGAUUGGAUGCCUAUGAAGCAUAUUAUAUUCAUGGCUUGCUCAGCGAGCACUGAUGUAGGCGUAAUUGGAUUCAAACACGCAUGGGAAGCACUAGAGCUGGAAGAGACAUCUCGCCCUGUUUUGCCGUUUUCAUCGCAGGAUGAGACCUCGGACACCGCACCCGUUGCCCUUGCACUUGACCUGUCUUCUACAGACUCUGUACCUGAUCCGAAUGCGGCAGCAAAGGGCGAAGAUCCAUCUACAACGUUGCCUGCUGUUCCCAUUCUUUAUGUGUAUACGAAUGAUGGUGUACUUCUUGCUUAUCAUGUAAUUUUUACGGAGGCAGAGGCGCCGUAUCCUGGCAUGGUUUCUAUUGAGUCCAAUCCCGCUUUUUCCCCAUCUGCGCUGCCAGCCCCAACUAUUCCGCAACCAUCUUCAACACCAGCCCCAGCAUUCGGGAGUACUUCCACACCUGCACCCACAUUUGGCUCUACUACUGCUUUCGGCGGCACUUCAUCGAAGCCCGCUAUCGCCUCAGCUCCUGCAUUCGGGCAAACCAGCUCGUUUGGUGCUGCUUCCCUUGGUGGUGGAUUUAGUGAAUUUGGUGCUAAAGGCACUUCGGCAUUUGGCACAGGUUUCGCGCAGCAGAGCCAACAUGUAUCAUUUGGUCAAAAAUCGGGUCCAUCUUUGAAUUUUGCCUCUCAACAGCCAGCGUUUGGGCAAACGCAAAAGCCGGUCUCUGGAUCCAUCUCUGGCUUUAGCCAGUUCAGCUCCAAAGGCUCAACAUCAAACUUUGGCACUUCUGCAUUCAGUGCAGCCUCGUCUAAACCAAAUGCUUUUAGUAACGUGCCGUCCACGUCGAAUGGUUCCGUUUUUGGCUCUGGAGGAGGCUUCCAGACUGGAAAACCUGCAUUUUCGGAUGCCGCUACGCAACCUAAACUACGACAGCAGGCCACUGAAGAGCAGAAUGAAGAAACCAGAGACCAAUUAUUCACCUUUGGAGGCCUGAGUGAUGCAUUGUCUCAAUCUGAAAAGCCAUUUGGACAAGCGUCUAAUCUUUCACCCACUAAUUUUUCCUUUGGUCAACGCUCUUCGGUUCAGACCGACGGAAGUCCUCCAGCCGGUCAGCCAACACCACAAAGUCUAAAGACCGAUCUCAAAGACACAGGCUCGAAUGAAACCGCUUCUACUAUCUCGAGCAUAUUCCAGUCUAGCAAUAAUAAAGCCGGAUCUAUUGUACAUGAAGACAGGAACGUCAUGGAUCAUGCUUCAAAAACGACUCAAAGUCAAGAUACCCCUAUAACUGAAAAGCCAAAUUUGGAGCAAUGUGCCGUUCCCCUUAUCUCUACUGAUGAAACAAAAUUGGAAGAUUCAAAGGAAAAAGACUCGGGACUUUCUGCCCAGGAGUCUAUCGAAAAUAAAACAAAACCAUGCUUCUCAUCCGAGCAGCCUAGUUCUGGCUUAAAACAAGCAAAAGUUGACAUGUCGACAAGCUCAUUCAUAAAGGAAAAUCUUAAUGGUCAAGGCUCCAAGUUUCCGCAACUAGCUGAAAACGAAACGAAACAAGCACCAUCGUCGUUUACCGAGUUUACGAAAGGCGAUCCAAAGGAAUCUGCAUUCUCGUUUGGGAAGCCAGCAGAAGAUAAGCCGAAAGAGUCUGCAUUCUCGUUUGGAAAACCUGCAGAAGAUAAGCCGAAGGAAUCUGCAUUCUCAUUUGCGAAGCCCGCAGAGGACAAGCCGAAGGAGUCUGCAUUCUCGUUUGGAAAACCUGCAGAAGAUAAGCCGAAGGAGUCUGCGUUCUCGUUUGCGAAGCCCGCAGAGGACAAGCCGAAGGAGUCUGCAUUCUCGUUUGGAAAACCUGCGGAGGACAAGCCGAAGGAAUCUGCAUUCUCGUUUGGGAAGCCAGCAGAAGAUAAGCCGAAGGAAUCUGCAUUCUCGUUUGGGAAGCCAGCAGAAGAUAAGCCGAAAGAGUCUGCAUUCUCGUUUGGAAAACCUGCAGAAGAUAAGCCGAAGGAAUCUGCAUUCUCAUUUGCGAAGCCUGCAGAGGACAAGCCGAAGGAGUCUGCAUUCUCGUUUGGAAAACCUGCAGAAGAUAAGCCGAAGGAGUCUGCAUUCUCGUUUGGAAAACCUGCGGAGGACAAGCCGAAGGAAUCUGCAUUCUCGUUUGGGAAGCCAGCAGAAGAUAAGCCGAAGGAAUCUGCAUUCUCAUUUGCGAAGCCUGCAGAGGACAAGCCGAAGGAGUCUGCAUUUUCUUUCUCCAAGCCUGCAGAAGACAAGCCGAAGGAGUCUGCAUUUUCUUUCUCCAAGCCUGCAGAAGACAAGCCAAAGGAGUCUGCAUUCUCAUUUGGAAAAUCUUUAACAGAGAAAUCAAUUGAGGCAUCGUCCAUCUCUAGCUAA